UACAUCACGCACACGCAAACGCGAGAUAAUAUUGUAAUGUAACCAACUUCACUUCGUAAAUGUUCGAUCUCUUUUCGCUACGUCGAGGCUUGUACGUUUUGGGAAUUGCGCUUUUCGACAUGGCAUUAUCAGUUGCACUACCUCUAUCGGGAUUGGAGACAGAAAAUUUCAAUUCCUUCAGCCAUAUCAUAGAAAUAGCGGGCCUAUCAAAGUCUCAAACGAGCCCAAGCCCGUCUGUAUCCAGUGAAUCUAGCGGUAUCGGCUCAUUGGUUUCGCUCAAAUCAGAGUCUGUAAACAGCGAUUCUUUGCCAUCUAGUCCUCAAACCACAGAGAAGAAAUUAUUUGAUUCGGUUGUGCAACCCCAGCCACGUCCAAAAGAAAGAAAAGAGGAUGUCAAAGUGGUAUGCGGAGGCCGUGACAUUCUCAACUUAAUGGCCAAUCUCAGAGAUCCUCGAUGGAAUUACCGUGCGACAGUGCUGCCUCCCAACAACCCAGCACUGUUCUUCGCAAAUCGCUCUCAGUACCACCGCCUGGGGCCGUAUGGGACACGCACACAGUAUGUAAAAGACUCCUGUCGCGACUGCGGCUUCUCAUGGGUUGUAGCUGCCACUGAUUAGCAAAACCAUGUGCAAGCAUAAAUUCCGAACAAAGUGCAACUAGAACACAUCAAGAUACUUUUUGGUGCAGUCACAAAACGGUGCUCCAACCACCUUUUGACAACGAACCAGCAAUUUUAGUCGGAACUAUUAAUAUUAUUCUAUGACGACCUGUCUUUUGCUAUUUGCCAGGAAAUGCCUCUAGACUAUAAUAAUUAUGAUUUUAAGUAAAUGUUUGUGACUAGUAUUUCUUAUCAUAAACUAAAGUUGCUG